AUGGUUAAUGACGGCAUGCUGAGCGCCGGCGACGCGAAGGCGGAGGCCCGGGACCGUUCAUCCCCCGAGUCUCAGCUCACCGAGGCCCCCGACGGGGCCUCCCCGUCCCCGGACAGCUGCGACGGCAGCGUGUGCGAGCGCAGCUCCGAGUUCGAGGACCUCUGGAGGCCUCCGUCGCCCUCCGCGUCCCCAGGCUAUUCUAAAAGGGUGCAGGCUUUGCGCAUCCCCAACAGGCCUCGACCCUACCGGGGAUCGGGACACCCACGCGAGGGUUGCGGGGUGCGGUGUCUGUUAGUUGCAAUCCCACCCACUCGUUUUUCUCAGUGGUGCACGGUGGACACCAGGAAGGUCCGAUGCCUGCCCUCCAUGGACUUCCGUGGGACACGAAGCUCUCGACUAAAGAUUCUAUUCAACCAGGGUUGGGCCACUCUGGCCGCUUCUCACCCCACGCAGGACCAGGUGCCCGGGGUCCGGCGAGGACAGAGCCCACGCGCGAGAUCGGCUUUCCCAGACGUGGCCCGACCAGGCGGGGCGAGACUUGCCCAGCUCGAGGGGUGCGGGGGGGGGGAGAAUGAAGGUGUAGAGCCCCACCUCCAGGGAGCCCACGCCAACGGAGGCGGGUACCCCGAAAGGCGUCCUGGCGCGCAGAUCAUGGGGAACGUGACGGGGAGUUCCGAGCCCGCCCUCCCCGUCCUCCCUCCCCAGGAGCCCCUGCUCCCCGGGGGACGGGGACGCGAUCGCGCCCCGGGUUUGGAAGGGGGAGCGUGCGGCUCGUGUCCUUUAUCACGAGUCAUCCGGUUCUGUAGUGUCAACUGCACGGGGUCCGAGAAUGGGGGGGGCCGAAGAUCGGGAAAUCCCCGAAGAUCGGAGGGGGGGCCGAGGAUCAGGGGUGGGGCUCGGGCCUGGAGCCCGCGUGCCCGGAUUCCUAAGAUCGGCGAGGGCCUCGCCGGGCGGCUGACCUCGACAACGUGCAGCUCGCUCGGAAACCCGGCGUCGGUGGCCUUGGCCCCGGGAGGGCGGCAGGUUCGUUUACCCCGGCCCCGGAGUCCCGCCCUCCGACGCCCCCGCCCCCGAAGGCCCCGCCCCCGACGGCUCAGGUUCCCACCCGAGAUUAGGGGCACGAGCGAGGUUCGCGUGCCGUCGUCUGGACGCGAUCCCUGCCAGGGGACAAGGUCUGGUCCUCGGCCGCCGGUCCCCCGCCCUCCUCUCAAGCCCUCCCCUUUGUCUGGUCGAAUGCGUCCCGCUCCUCAGCCCCGGUCUACGUCUGCGAGGUCCGGGGCUCUUCGCGCUUUCCGCCUCGCCGCCUCCGAGGCACCCCUGGCGUCCAGGCGAAUCCGCGCGCCCCAGCUCCACAGCCGGGCCGCCCUCUCCCGGCCCCGCCCGCCGCAGGUCUUCUCCACGCCGCACGGGCUCGAGGUGCACGUGCGCCGCUCGCACAGCGGCUCCAGGCCCUUCGCCUGCGAGAUGUGCGGCAAGACCUUCGGCCACGCCGUGAGCCUGGAGCAGCACAAGGCCGUGCACUCGCAGGAGCGCAGCUUUGACUGUAAGAUCUGCGGCAAGAGCUUCAAGCGGUCGUCCACACUGUCCACACACCUGCUCAUCCACUCCGACACCCGGCCCUAUCCCUGUCAGUACUGUGGCAAGAGAUUCCACCAGAAGUCAGACAUGAAGAAGCACACCUUUAUCCACACAGGCGAGAAGCCCCACAAGUGCCAGGUGUGCGGCAAGGCCUUCAGCCAGAGCUCCAACCUCAUCACGCACAGCCGCAAGCACACCGGCUUCAAGCCCUUCGGCUGCGACCUGUGCGGGAAGGGCUUCCAGCGCAAGGUGGACCUGCGCCGCCACCGGGAGACGCAGCACGGACUCAAAUGAGCCGCCGGGCGCGGCCGCCCGCGGCUCCUCCACACUACCGGGGGUGGGGGCGGCCGGCCCGCUCGGGACCGCCCCCCAGCCCCUCACCCCGCCUCUCCUCGGCCCCUCCGCCCUCCCCUCCGUCCCCGAGC